GUUCUUCCUGUCCCAUCAGGUUAUGGAGGCAAACCUUCUGCGUUUCAUCCUUUUUACCCUGGUUGGCCUUGUCCUAACCUCCUUCAAUGAUCAUCUCCACAAUGCCUCCAGCCACUUCCAGUACUGUGUGCUCGGAGCCGGACCUGCUGGCCUGCAGAUGGGGUUCUUCCUCUCCAAGGCAAAACGGGACUACAUCAUCCUGGAGAGGAACUCCGGUCCGGGCAGCUUCUUCAAYAAAUAUCCCAGGCACAGGAAGCUGAUUAGCAUUAACAAAAUCCACACAGGAAGACACAACGCAGAGUUCAACCUGCGGCAYGACUGGAACUCUCUGCUGAGCGACAAGCCGGACCUGCUGUUCAAAAGKGUGAGCGGGGAGUUCUACCCGCCGGCCGACGCCUUCCCUCUCUACCUGUUGGCGUUUGAGAGGGAGUUGGGGUUGAAGGUGAAAUACGGCGUGGACGUCGGACGGAUCAGGUCGGUGAGGUCAGCCACAGGAAGGAGCUACGUCCUCACCGAUCAACAUGCAGCGGAUUACUCCUGCAGCAUCCUCCUGGUGGCCACGGGCCUGUGGGUUCCUCAGGAGGUCGAGUUUUCCGGGUCGCACCUGGCCGAGGGCUACGAGUCCAUCUCCACCAACCCUGACGACUACAAGGRCCAGGCCGUGCUGAUCCUGGGGAAAGGAAACUCCGCCUUCGAAACUGCCCAGAGCAUCUUGGGGAGAGCRAGCCGGGUGCACAUGCUCAGCUCCAGCACCGUCCGGCUGGCCUGGCAGACGCAUUACGUUGGAGAUCUUAGGGCUGUUAAUAACGAGGUAUUAGACACAUACCAGUUGAAAUCCCUCGACGGUCUGGCAGAGGCUCGCUUGGAGGACGUAGUCAUCACCAAACAGGAGGAAAGGGGAAGGAAGCAGUCAGGAUUAAAGAAUCCAGAGACGAGGGACAAGCUCUUUCUAAACUUAAGGCAGUUCAAGCAGAACGGUGACGAGGGGAAAGGAUCCGACGAACCUCGGGACGAGCUUCCGGACCACAUCGACAACUUUUCCCUGCGCAAACCCUAUGACCGGGUGAUCCGCUGCCUCGGUUUCAGGUUCAACUUCAGCAUUUUCGACAGGUCUGCACGGCCUCCGCCCAGCGAAAACGCGAAAGGGAGACUGCCGGGCGUGACAGCGUGGUAUGAGGGGAAGAACACCCCCGGUUUGUUCCUGUUGGGAACCGCCUCUCACUCCAGAGACUACCGAUCCUCCGCUGGGGGCUUCGUCCACGGAUUCCGUUACACAGCCCGAGCCGUUCACCGUGUGCUGGAAUAYCGUCACCAUGGCAACAAGUGGCCGUCAACCAGACUUAUGAUGACGCAGCUGAUGUCCUGGAUCCUGAAGCGGGUCGGGGAGGCCUCCGGACCGUACCAAAUGUUCGAGACGCUCGGGGAUGUUAUUCUUCUCCGAGGCUCCCACUGUGAGUACGUGGAAGAGUUUCUGCUCCAGGCCUUGCCCCGGUUCUCCUCUCUCUCUGGCCAUGACAUGUCCAGUCAGGGGCUGAUAGUUCUGGUCAUGCAGUACGGGAAGAGGAAGAUAGACUACCUGGGGCUCGGCAGGUCAGAAACCGACUGGACCCAGGCUUGGAAAUCCAACUUCCUCCACCCAGUUUUAUACUACUACGACUCGCUCCCUACUGAGCAGGACAUGAAGACGCGUCCCCACGGCUGGCCUUUGCCGAGGCCGAAGGCGAUUCAUCACAUGGUUGAGGACUUCCUCACAGAGUGGGACACUCCGCUGUCUCACAUCCAGCCUCUGCGGCGCUUCCUGGAGCACUGCGUCCACUCCGACCUGAGGGCCUUCAGCACAGAAAACUGUUUCCGCUCAGCUCUCACGCACCGUAAGCCGCCGCUGUUUUGUCAGCAGGGAUAUUUGACUCGGUAGGGCGUCGCACGGCGCAGCGUUCACCAGGUACCAGCCGGGCAAUUCACCACCGGAACGUCGACGGGAGCAAACCCCGCUUUUCCAAGCCACCCGGCAUCAGCUGGAGCGUCCGUGUCCUCUGGACGCUUGACCUCUGAUUGUAUUACCCACAAAAUAAUGUUUUGUACGUCGACGUAUCAUAGCCAUUGUAGAUGGAAUAUAAAAAAUAAAGCAAAGGGUAAAUUUCUGCCAAAAAAACUCUGAAAUUUUGGGAGUAAUCUCAGAAAUUUU